UUCACGACAAGUUAAGUUGUUUCUGCGGUUUUGUAUUGUGCAUAAACAAGCUGGUUUAUCAGUAUCUAUAACCGCUGGGUUUUAGAAACACUGAACCUAAUGACUGGUUGACUGUUCUCGUUUAACGUUAGUUGUGUUCUAGUAUAAUGGCUAAUAGUUAAUUGAGUGACAGGCUUCUUUGUACAAAUCGCUUGUAGCUAAUUAGCAUGUUUUUGGUGGUGAGCUUUAAACAGGUUUACACCUCACGUGUUUAUUUAUAAUGGAAGAAGUUAUUUAAUAUAAAGGAGGAGGAGCAAAUAUAUAAUAUAUAUAUUCAUUUCCCAAGCAUAAAGCUCGAGGCUAUUUAGUGAUAGAUGCACUUUUACCGUUGCUGUAGCUAUUAACGGCGCUGCAUUAGCUUUUGCAUUGCGAUUUAAACGUUUCUUUAUAAGUAAUCUUAACAGAAAUGUCGCGUGCUGUCGGUGCAGACUGACGUCAUGGUGAAAAUCAGCGCCCUUUGUGCAAGCUCAUCAUCCCUCCACACGGACACGCGCAUCAAAACAGAGCCCAUAGAAGGGGCUUUACAUUACAUGGAAGCAGACAAACAGCCACUGUACGCCUGUAAUGGAGCUGAAGACGUUUCCUCUGACUGCACCUCUUCAAAGCUUCACCAGAUAAAGCAAGAACCAGAGCACUCUGAGGCUGACUUCAUGCAAACAGGAAACAGAAAUGUACAGCUUCAACCCUUAGACUCCAAAGUGUGUACAAAGACAGAGCCGGAAAGUGUUCCAAUACAUUUGGGUUUUGGUCUAAAAACUGAGCCUGAAGUUCAUGAUGCGGUGAAAGUAGAGAUGCAGUUCGCCCUGAAGGAGGAGGACGAGGAGGUGACGAGGGUCAAGCUAGAGACAGUUGAAGAAGAAAGUGAUCACGGACAGGAUGAUGAAACGGGCCGAGGGGGUUUCUUUCCCUGCCCCUAUUGUGCUGUGUCCUUCACAGAGUCAUCUUACCUCGAGAAGCACCUUAAAUGGACCCAUCGGAGUAAUUAUCUUGUUUGGCUUAAAACUCAGAAGUCACCACAGUGCAUCAAAAUAUCCUCCCAGAUGCUCAGCUGCACUACUUGCAACCACCACUUCUUCACUCAGGAGCAGCUGAAGGUGCAUAUGCGGCGCACCCACCUUCCUACGCCUGCACCGUCAAGAAAACGCUACACGUGUCCCCAGUGCGACCGCAGCUUCGACUACAUCGGCAAUCUGCAGAACCACUGCCGGCGGUGUCACAAUUUGUCCACGGUGUGUACUGAUGGAGAGCUAAGCUGUGCUUCAUGUGGAGAAAACUUCUCAGGAAUGUGGGGCCUAGGACCACAUCAGUGCCACAAGCAAGAAAAAGAACAGAAACCACAAAUAGAUGGAAACGAACCGCUUUGUACAGACCGUGGUUAUCUGUGUCAGCGCUGUGGGAAGAACUGUGCUACGCUGCAAUGUUUAACCAUACACACUCGCACGCAUACCGGCGAGAAGCCGUAUAUAUGCCCUGACUGUGGGAGUGGUUUUAAAGAGAUGGGCAGUUUGCGCAAGCACAUGGUCAUUCACACUGGGGUCAAGCCGUACUCGUGCCCCGAGUGCGACAAGAGCUUUGCUCGAAUGAGCCACCUGAGCACACACCUGCGCACACACACAGGUGAGAGGCCGUAUCCUUGUCCGGAGUGCGGCAUGAAGUUCAGUCACAGGUCGACGCUGCGUCUACAUCGACGCGUCCAUUCCGGAGAAAAGCCGUUCUCCUGUGUGGAUUGUGGGAAAACAUUCGCAACGUUAAGCAACCUGAAAGUGCACUUUCUGACACACAACCAGGAGAAGAUCCACAAGUGCAAUGAGUGCAGGAAGACAUUUUCCAGACCCGACGUGCUGAAGAAACACCUCCGAAUUCACAACGGCGAGCGGCCAUACGUGUGCAAGGUCUGCAGCAAGAGAUUCAAUCGCGUCCAGCACCUCACCAACCACCAGCGCACACACACGGGCGAGAGGCCGUACCGCUGUGAAGAGUGCGGCGCAAGCUUCGCACAGUCGGGCGAUCUGACCAAACACGUGCGUGGACACACUGGGGAAAAACCCUACGUGUGUCCUGAGUGCAAUCGGUGCUACAGUAAUUCUGGGGACCUGGGCAAGCACAGGCGCACUCACAGCGGCCAGAGGCCUUACAGGUGUCAGCAGUGUGACAAGGCAUUCCUCAUGCCACAGCAUUUAAAAACACACAUUCUUACACACACUGGAGAGAGGCCACACGUCUGCCCAAAGUGUGAGCGCACCUUUAUACGAUCGCACCACCUCACCCAGCACCUAAAUACACACCACGUUUAAUGUCUGUCUUUAUAUUCUAUAAUUACGUUCUUCCCCCUUUAAGAGUACUCAUUGCUUGUAGUUCCGAUUAUUCCUGUCUUUUAAAACGGCUUUCCUUAUAAAAUGAAAGUACUUAGUAGUGAAAGGUAUUUUUAUAUAAUUAUUAUUGGAUCGCUGACCCAUAUCAUUCAUAGUUUCCUUAAAGCUGACUAUUCUGUUCCCAGCCAGUUCCUAGCUUAUUUUAAUCAAAUAAUCUAAAUAAAGACUUGUAUAUCCAGUCUGAUUUAUAGGCAAAUUUACCCAUACGUUAUAGUCUUUGGAAAAGAAUGACCUUUUCAUUAUGACAGUGUAACAGAUGAUUUUAGGUUGGAUUGUAUUAGCUAUGUAUGUAAUAUUAGCAGUGCUCUUGACUUUAAAAAAAAAAAAAACUUUGGAAGUGGUAAAUCAGAUAAGCAUGUGGCUUAUUUUAAAUGAUUAUUUAUCUAUUAUUUAAAAAAAAAUAUUUAAGUGUAAAAUGCA